UGUAUUCCAUUUCAUUUUCAUUCAAUAAAAUAGAGAACUGUCGUAAGUGUCGUUACACCUGUAUGAAACAGGUGUUUCAAAUUGAGUAUCGUUUUAAUUGUGCAUAAAUAAAAUUAAACUACAUAAAAACUUAAUCUAAAGUGUUCUUUAUUUGUAAUAAUCAAAUUGGUGUAAUAUAUAAUGCGCAGACUUUUAUAUUUUUCUGUGAAUAAGUGAAGUGUGAAAAAGUAAUAACUUUCCCUGAUUUGAUAAUUUGCCGAUGUUAAAUUUUACAGAACUUAAAAAUGAGUUGUAUUAAGUAAAUCUCUGUUAACUUUAAAUUAUUUGCGGCAAAUAUUUGUAUUAAAAAUGACCACCGACAGGUUUCAUAAAGCAGCCAAAGAUGGCCUUCUGGAAGUGUUGCGAGAGGCGACGAGGAAAGAAUGCAAUAACAAGGAUGAGUCCGGGAUGACGCCUACGCUCUGGGCGGCAUUCGAGGGACAUAUUGAGGCGCUACGAUUGCUGUGCGGGAGAGGUGGUGAGCCUGACAAAGCCGAUUACUUCGGUAACACAGCCCUCCACCUGGCAGCAGCGCGGGGUCACAAGGAAUGCGUCACUUUCCUCGUCAACUUCGGCGCCAACGUCUUUUCCAUGGAUGUGGAUGGACACACGGCGCAGGAGUUAGCGGCCAUCAACGGCAGAGAUGACAUAUUACUGUAUUUGGAUCAGGUCACGGCUAAAUUAGAGAAUAAUGAUAAAAAGAAAGCGAAAUCAUUAAAAGAAAAAGCCAAAAAGGAUUACGAAAAAACUAACAAGCAGUAUCAAAAACGGCAAAGUAAGGCUGAAGUGAUGGCGGAGAAGGAACUGAAGAAGUUGUCGAAGAACUGGGAGCAAGGGUACGAGGAAGUGUCCACGAUGCCGCACCGGCCUAGUAACGUCCUGCUCGCCCUCAAACACAAGAUGAUCAGGUCCACAAGCCAAGGCAACCUCCUAGCGGACGAGCAGCCUCGUCCCACGUACAGCACUCUCGUGGGCACCGUCAACUCGGGCGCUCGGGGCCGCGGCGCCGUCUACAAGAAGGCGCUCGCCAGCAAACUCCGGAACAACACCAUCGGCAGGAACGGCGCCUCGGACGACUUCAAGGUGGGUGAGAUCGAGACGACGGGCCGUCGCUCGGUGACGUCACUAACAGGGCUGCGACGCGACUCAGAGGUGAUGUACGUGGGCACGUUCGGCGCGGGCCCGCAGCAGCGCGGCGCCGUGGCCGACGUGUUCACAGACGCGCCUGCGCAUGCGCCCGCGCCGGUCAACGACGCGCGCAAACCGCUCACCAGAUCAGCAAGUCAACCAGACUUCACAGCGGCGUUGGCGGACGAGAGCGGCAUCGGACAGGAGGUGAUGCUGCAGGAGCCGGCCAGCAUCUUCGACCGGCCAGGAUUCGGCAGCGUGGCUUUUAGACGUUCGAUAACAGCGACCCUGGGUUCGAUGCCGGGCGCGGCGGUGGGCGAGGACCUCUCCAUCGGGUCGGCGGGCUCGCUCGCCGCCAGACACGCGUACCAACCCGCGGAAUGGACUUCGCCACAAUCUGAAAGUUCAACUAUAACCUCAGACGAGGAGGGCGAGGCUGAGGACUCUGGUUACGGGUCCCUCGAGCGAUUCCUGACCGCCUGGGGUCUCUCGCAAUACGUGCAGAAAUUCAAAGACGAACAGAUCGAUCUCGACGCUCUAAUGCUGUUAACGGAAAGCGAUAUGAAGUCCCUAGGGCUGCCCCUAGGCCCCUACAGGAAGCUCGUCACGGCUGUCCAAGAGAGGAAACAGGCCCUAACCAACCCUGGACCUAUUAUCGACACUGCUAUAUGAUUUUAAAGUCUAAAAUUUGCCCAUAUGACAUUUGUAUCUCUUGCCACGGUAUUUUAUUUGAAAAAUUACUUGACAUGAUAAAUGAAGCCCUUUUAUAAAUUUAAAGUCAAUUACUAUUAGGCCAAGUACUUAAAAUUCGACUAUAAACUUUUUACAAUGUUUAUGUAUAAAUUAUAUUUUAUAUAAAUCAUUUAAACCUUUUUUUAGUAAUUGCCUAUUGGCUCAAACGCACCUUGCAUUUCACAUUAAUUGCUAUGAAUCAAAUUUUUGAACGAUAAAAUCGUUUUCCAUUAAUUUAUAUUUAUGAAUGUAAAGGUGUUAUUCCGUUCAGUAGCUUGUGAGCCGAGCGUGAAGAAUCGCUCGCACUGUGUGAGUCUAGUUUUUAAUAAAAUAUAUUGACGCUUAAAAAGCGUUCGCAUGCAAAUGGGCCCAGUGGCCUCAUUUAGGCUCCCUCGAUUCCAGAAUAGGUCCGCGUUGUGUGUGCACUCGUGUGUUUUCAUUGUUUGUUUCACCUGCGUUUGUAUUGUGAUGUUGCAAUAAUAUAAUUGUGUCUCGUGAUAUGUGAUAAUCAUUCCAUCCAUUUAAACGUCCAGUGUCGCCAUAUUAUAUUUUUGUAAAGUUUUGAAAUAUACAUUUUAUAAUUUUUAA